AUGGCAAGCCAAGCUCCCUUCCGAUUCGGCGUUGAGAUUGAGCUUCUUCUUGGUUGCAAGAAGAAGACUUAUACCGCGUGGAAAGCCCUCGCGAAAGACCUCUGCAAGAAGCUGCUCAAGGCCGGCAUCCACUGCCACGUCAAUGAGGGCAAUGAGAAAUCGGCAGAGAACUAUGCCGAGUGGUCGUUGGUUCAGGAGAUCACUAUUCCUAACCAGCCGGCCAAGAACCUAUGGGGCAUCGAGCUGGUCUCCCCUGUCUACCCAGCAGACUGGUACUGGGCCGGCGACCUGCACGCCAUUUUCGCCACGCUCUACGACUCGGGCUUCACCAUCCAUCCUUCGAACCACUGCAGCACCCACGUCCACAUCUCGGGCCUGCCCACGCCACUCUCCGCCCUAGAGCUAGCCGCCGUCGCCAAGGCCGCCCUCUAUUUUGAGCCUGCCAUCGAUGCCCUGGCCCCCCGAGACCGUCGCGCCUCGGGAACCUACUGGUGCCAGUCCAGCCGCGCCAGCCCGAGCCUCCGGAGCUACGGACUGGCCGACUGUCUUGCCCUGCUCGAUCACGCCGCCGCCGACCCGGGCGAGGCGCGGGGCGUGGUCCACGCGCUCAACAUGUUCCCCGCGGCGUCGACGUACGGCCGGGCCCACGGGAAGAAGCACGACUUUGUCCGGGGCAAGGUCUACAAGUGGGACUUUUCCGGCAUGCUGCCCGGCGGGCGGGGCACCGUCGAGUUCCGCCAGGGCGGCGGGAGCCUCGACGCCGCCGCGGCGAGCGGCUGGGUCGCCCUCGUGCUGGCCUUUGUGGCGGCCGCGACGGACGGGUUCGGGUUCCAGGUCUUGGAUCCGGAGGAGGGCGGCACGGGGGAGGAGCUCUGGGGGUUCGUGGGACGGGGCAUGGGGGUGCUUGGCUGGGGCGAGGGGGACGGGGAGGAGCUUUCUUGGGUGGGUGGGUUAUAUGCUGCGGCGGAGUAG